CCGUCUCCUCUCUUGCUCUCUCGUUGCUUCUGCUGCAGCUGCGAGAGGAAGACGAGACGAGAGCACAGGGGAAGAGAUCGAGUUACUAUCCUAUCCAAGAAGUCGUCUUCUUCUUCUUCUUUUUCUUCAACCUUGCGUUGCGUUGCGCUGAGUAGUUGAGGAAGAUCGAGGAAGCAGGCAGGGGCGGGCUACGCCUACACGGAACAACCGACAGGGUAUUUACUGAUGCCAUUUACAAUUCACCCUCCCCUCCUUUAUUUCACAAUGCACCCAUUUCCCUCCGGUUCCCCUCUUCUCCCUCCUCCAAAUCUUUCCCUUUCCUGCCCACCUCGCUAAAUCCUCUUCCUCUUCUCCUGUACUCUCCCUGCCAUGCUUCGCCUUGGAUUUUAAUUUCUUGCUUUCUAUUAGGGACACACUGCUCUGGUCACUUCUUUCUUCAUCGGUUAAUCCACCGGUCGAGGAAGGAAAACAAACAAUGUUUGGAGACUGCCAGGUCCUGUCUUCGAUGGCCGCCAUGGCCGGGGCCUCCUCCUCCCCCGACGCGCUCUUCAUCCCCAACCCUGGCGCACUCGCCGGCUUCAUGUCCUCCUCCGCCGCCGCCAUGCCCUUCCACCACUUCUCCACCAGCGCCGCCGCCGCCCUAAUACCUAAGGAAGAGGGCGGCGUGAUGGGCGCGCUCCAGGUGGCCAAGGACGAGGAGCUGGAGCUGGACAUGGACAUGGACAUGGGGCUCAGCGGCGGCUCCGGCAGCGGCCACCUCGACGGCCUGCUCAGCUUCGCCGACGUCGACGACGACCGGCCGGAGCAGAAGCCGCAGCACAGCGGCCUCGAUCUCCAGCCGGCGGACGGCGGGCAGCAGCACAACCAGUUGGCUGUCAACGGCAAGAAGAAGCGGUACCACCGCCACACGGCGCACCAGAUCCAGCAGAUGGAGGCGCUGUUCAAGGAAUGCCCGCACCCGGACGACAAGCAGCGGCUGAAGCUGAGCCAGGAGCUGGGGCUCAAGCCCCGGCAGGUCAAGUUCUGGUUCCAGAACCGGCGCACGCAGAUGAAGGCGCAGCAGGACCGGGCCGACAACGUGCUCCUGCGCGCUGAGAACGAGAGCCUCAAGGGCGACAACUACCGCUUGCAGGCCGCCAUCCGCAACGUCGUCUGCCCCAACUGCGGACACGCCGCCGUCCUCGGCGAGAUGUCCUACGAGGAGCAGCAGCUCCGCAUCGAGAACGCAAGGCUCAAGGACGAGCUCGACCGCCUGGCGUGCAUCGCCACCCGAUACGGCGGAGGCCGCCAGCCGAGCCUGUCGGCGUCCGCACUGGGCUGCUUAUCGGCGCCGCCGCCGGUGCUCAUGCCGCCGCUAGACCUCGACAUGAGCGUCUACUCGAGCCAUUUCACCGACCAGUCUCCAGUCAUGGGCUGCGGCGACCUCAUCCAUCCCGCCCUCGCGCCGCCGCACCAGAUCACCGAGCACCACGCCACGUCGUCGUACAUGGGCGCGAUGGCGCCUGUCCAGGAGCAGGACAGGCAGCUGGUUCUGGACCUGGCCGCAACGGCGGCCGACACCCUCGCCAAGAUGUGCCGCGCCGGCGAGCCGCUCUGGGUGCGCCGCCGAGGCGCGAGCUCCGAGGUCAUGGCAGCCGAGGAGCACGCCCGGAUGUUCAGCUGGCCGGUCGACGGCGGGAAGCAGGGCGGAGCGUCCGUGGCUGCCGCGAGCAGGACCGAGGGGUCGCGGGACAGCGCGGUGGUCAUCAUGAACAGCAUCACGCUGGUCGAUGCCUUCCUCGAUGCAAACAAGUGGAUGGAGCUGUUCCCUUCGAUCGUGUCCAAGGCAAGAACCAUUCAAGUCAUAAGCCAUGGAGCUGCUUCUGGCCAUCUGGGCAGUGGAUCUAUCCUCUUGAUGCAGGCGGAGGUGCAGUUCCCGUCUCCUCUGGUGCCGGCGCGUGAGGUGGUGUUCUUCCGGUACUGCGUGCACAACGUGGACGAGGGCACCUGGUCCGUCGUCGACUUCCCAGCGGAGGGGUUCCAGCUGGAUGCGCUGCAGACCUCGCCGGUGGUCAAGUGCCGGAGGCGCCCCUCCGGCUGCAUGAUCCGGGACAUGCCCAAUGGCUAUUCAAGGGUGGUGUGGGUGGAGCACAUGGAGAUGGUGGGGGAAGAAAAGCCGCUGCAUCAGGUGUUCAAGGACUACGUCGCCGGCGGCGGCGCCUUCGGGGCCACGCGGUGGGUGUCCCUCCUCCAGCGCCAGUGCGAGCGCCUCGCCAGCGAGCUCGCCCGCAACAUAGCCGACCUCGGAGUGAUCCGCACCCCAGAGGCGAGAACAAAUAUGAUGAAGCUGUCGCGACGGAUGAUCACCACUUUCUGUGCCAACAUCAGUGCUUCUGGGAGCCAAUCUUGGACGGCGCUCUCGGAGUCUACAGAGGACACGAUCAGGGUCACUACUCGGAAGAACACCGAUCCAGGGCUGCCCAGCGGGGUCAUCCUGACUGCCGCCUCCACAAGUUGGCUUCCUUUCAGCCAUCAGCAGGUCUUUGAGCUUCUUGCAGACGAACAACAGCGCUGUCAGCUUGAGAUUUUGUCAAACGGGGGCUCACUUCAUGAGGUGGCACACAUUGCAAAUGGAUCACACCCAAGGAAUUGCAUUUCUCUUCUUCGCAUUAAUGCUGCAAGCAACUCAUCGCAGAAUGUGGAGCUUCUGCUGCAGGAGAGCAGCACACACCCUGAUGGUGGAAGCCUUGUGGUGUUUGCGACUGUGGAUGUCGAUGCCAUCCAAGUGACGAUGAGCGGCGAUGAUCCUUCCUACAUCCCUCUCCUUCCCCUGGGCUUUGCCAUCUUCCCAGCCACCAACCCUUUGCCUGCAGCAACUAGCGCAAAUUCUGGCAACGGCGAAAGCAGCCCAGGUAACGCAGAUGAGCCCGCCAGUGGUUGCCUCCUCACCGUCGGCAUGCAGGUGCUGGCCAGUGCUGUACCUUCAGCCAAGCUCAACCUCUCAAGUGUGACUGCAAUCAACAGCCAUGUCUGCAAUACCAUUCACCAGAUUACAACCGCACUCAAAGGUGCUGAAGUGAGCCGGGUUGAGGCGGUGCCUGCAGGGUCCGACUAGUUGCAAGAAUGGCUGGGUGGGAACGGAGGGGAGCAGAUUGACGCAGACCAAAAUGCCUUGCAAGUCUAGUUACUUUUGAUACUUGCUAGCAUCUCAGGUAUUCUGACAGCUCAGGUACAAGGGAGGAUUUGACGAGAACCCAAAACUAACACAUGAAGAAUUUUCAAAACUCCUCUUUCCCGCCAUGUGCCUCUCAAAAUGGCAAAAAUACCCCCAACAAACAGUGGGGGCAUUUUGAUCAUUUUGGGAAGCUAGUGCUAUUCACAACUAGAAAGGGUUUUGUCAAGCUCUCACUUGCACCGGCUAAAUCACACAGCAUCCCCCCCCCCCCCCCCCCGGGCAUUUUGGUCACGCAGUUCUUCUUGCUUCUCUCUGUUCCCUUCCUCGGAUAUCAGGACUGUGAAGGUUAGCUUCAGUAUGCUUCUUUGAUUUUGUAAUAAUAAGCUGGAAGAUGACGACGACUUGGGUAUGAUUUGUUGGUAGUAGACUCUGUAUAACCAACCUGUGUUAGUAGCUUCCUUGAAGACUUGAGGAAAUGGAAACUGUAGGAGAGAGUGUGAGAGGUGGAGUCAAGAGCGAACCAGUUGUGAUUCCCAGCAGAGAAGGGUCUUGGUUCGGGAAUUGACUUGUGUCCUCUCUGCACUGCCUUUGUCGUUCUGUAACCUGCUUGUUUAUCUUUAUGUUAUGUUGUGUUGCUCCCCAGUUCA